GGGCCCGGUGAGACCACACCUCUUCCGGUUCGCAGUAUUUGCUGGGAACACGCGUGUUGAGAGGUCUGUUGGUGGUGGUGCUCUUACCUUCUAAGCUUAAAGGUUUAGGCAUUCGAAAUGGCGGCAGAGGUAUUACCCAGCGCGAGGUGGCAGUACUGUGGGGAGCCGGAGGAGAGCCAGAGAGCUGUACUGGUCCAAUUCUCCAAUGGGAAGCUGCAGAAUCCAGGCAACCUGCGCUUCACUUUGUACAGCAGCACUGACUCCACAAAUCCCAGGAAGAGGAGUCAGCGGAUCCUGGCAGCUGAAACAGACAGACUUUCCUACAUUGGAAACAAUUUUGGGACUGGAGCCCUCAAGUGUAACACUCUGUGCAGGCACUUUGUGGGAAUUUUGAACAAGACCUCUGGUCAAAUGGAAGUAUAUGAUGCUGAAUUGUUCAACAUGCAGCCAUUGUUUGCAGGUGGAAGUUUUAGAAUCUCUGAUGAAUCAAUUGAGUGUGAACCCACAUUGGAGAGUCAGACCAAAACUUUCAGAGAAAAGAUGGAUUCUUGCAUUGAAGCCUUUGGUACCACCAAACAGAAACGAGCUCUGAACGCCAGGAAAAUGAACAAAGUUGGCAGUGAGUCUUUGAAUCUAGCAGUAGCUAAAGCUGCAGAGGAGAUCAUUGAUACAAAGGGUGUGGAAGCACUGGUCAGUGAUGCCAUCAAAGAUGACUUGCAAGAUGACUCCCUUUACCUUCCUCCCUGCUAUGCUGAUGCAGCCAAGCCUGAAGAUGUGUAUAAAUUUGAAGACAUUUUAUCCCCUGUGGAGUAUGAUGCUCUUGGGGGCCCGUCUGAAGCUUUCAGGAAGGUGACAUCAGAAGAGAUAUUAAAAAUGAUUGACGAGAACAGCCACUGCCUCUUUGUCAUAGAAGCAUUGAAGUCUUUGCCAUCAAAUGAGGAGAGCAGAGAUCACCAGGCCCGGUGUAUAUGGUUUCUAGAUACCCUCAUCAAAUUUCGAGCUCAGAAAGUGAUAAAGCGGAAAAGUGCCCUGGGGCCUGGAAUCCCCCACAUCAUCAACACAAAACUGCUGAAGCACUUCACCUGCUUGACUUACAAUAAUGGCAGUUUACGGAAUAUAAUUUCAAAUUCUAUGAAAGCAAAGAUCACUGCAUAUGUGAUCAUACUUGCCUUACACAUGAAUGACUUCCAGAUUGACCUGACAGUGUUACAGCGAGACUUGAAACUCAGUGAGAAAAGGAUGAUUGAGAUAGCGAAAGCCAUGAGGUUGAAGAUCUCUAAAAGAAAGAUGUCAUUGGCACCUGGCAGGGAAGAGGAUCACAGGCUGGGCACUCUGUCCAUCCCACUGCCUCCAGCUCAGACCUCAAACCAGUCAAAGCGGAAGAAGAUGUAACUAUAUGUAUGCUCUCCAUGCAGCCAUUUUGGCCACCUCAUAGCCACUGCUUGAAAAGGAAAUGAAAGGAGGCUUGCCUCAGCAGGAGUAUAGAGCCAGAAGCCAGCAUCCCAGUCAUGCCUGUUUUAUGUAGAAAUAUAAAGUGAUGGCCAGACUGGACUUCAUCUCCCUCUAGUGUCACUGUGAUCAUAAGUGGCAGAUGUUUCUUGUGUUCACAUGUGUGGGGAUUUGGGACAGUGGGGUCUGGGAAGUCAGAAGAUUUCACCAGGCUGAACCCUGAGCCACACCUACUGGAUGGUUUAUAAAGAGUCUGGAAGGGCCAGUGAAGUAGGUGUGAGGAGGAUCUAGCAAAGCAGGGGUGAGAAAAGGAGGCUUCCAGCUUUGUCAGGAGCUAUGGGUCACCAGUAGGAGGGGGUUGUCAGGACAAGCUACUUAUAGCCUGUUUUAAUAAGAUGGAGCCAAGUCAGGUAGUGAUAAUCCUAGUUUUUCUCCCUGGCUAAGGUUACAUAUAGGGGAAGAUUCCGGUCAGCCAAGUAGACCAAAGAUGAAUACAAUAGAAAGCAUUGAUGGUCAAUCCAGUGCCUUCACCUGCUCUUUGGAUGCAGGCUUUGCUAGCAGGACAACUGGCAGUGAGGUUCCUGGGUUGCUGAGGGAGCUGUGGAUAGAGGCUAGGCUGUCUAUCCCCACAAUACCAAAGUAUUACCUGGCUAUCAUUCUGAAAGCAAGGAGUUCAAGGCAAAAAGAAGUAUAUCAGAAGCACAUUAUGAGUCAGAACAUUGCAGAUUAGAUGUGGUACCCAAAGGAAGAUGAAGAUGCUUACAAGAAAUAGUUCUCUCAGUACUGAAAGAGGUGUAACUCCAGAUAUGAGGGGAGCUGUAUGAGGAAGCUGAUGUUGCUCCAUGAGAAUCUAGUCUAUGAGAAGCUCAAGAGAGAAAAAUUAAAAAGGCAUGAAAGUGUCCCAAAAUGUCCUUUGCUCAGAGGGAAGAUGGGGUAUCUCAAAAGAGGGCAAGUGUCUUCAGAGGUCAGGAGCAGGCUGCUGAGAGCUAAACCAGACAACAGUUUUCUAUGAAGAUUUUUCAGACAAAACUUGGCAAAAACGGGGGAAAAAAGUGAGUACUAGCUAGCUUCUCUGGUAAUCUAUAGAUAUGGCAAAAAUGCUAAGAUGCUGAGUAAUCGAAGUUGGGAAGAUGUGUUCCUGGCUCUGAAGACCUUUGCUGACUGUCAAGUGAUGUUAGGAAGGGCUGUUACUAUUGCUCUUCACAAAGCCCCAUGGGGCAAGCAGGACUCACAAACCCUAAAUGGCAGAGAACACAGAGACCCUGAGAGAUGCAGCCCUUCCAGCUCUGAAUCAUGGGUUCUGGUGGGAAGAAGCUGACCAGACAGGAGGGUCCUGGGAUUUUCCAUUUCCCUGAAGAGAAGCAGGGGCACCUCUAGAGAGGGCAGGUCCUGCUGGACCUGCAUCUGUCUGUCUGGAAAGCCCACCAGUGCCCAGACCAAAGCAAGACCUCCCACAGUGUCUCCUUUAA